AUGGCAGACUAUCAAACCUACGAUCUAGGCGACUUCACCCUCCAAUCAGGCGAAACAAUUCCCUCGGCAAAGAUAGCAUACAAGACUUUUGGAGACCCAUCACUACCGGCGAUCAUCUAUCCAACAUGGUACAGUGGAUCAAUCUCCGACAAUGAAUGGCUCAUCUCCCCUUCAAAAACACUCUCCCCUGCCACCUACCACAUCAUCAUUCCCGCACUCUUCGGGAACGGACAAUCCAGCUCCCCCUCAAACACCUCCAUCAAUCCCUUUCCUGCAGUGACCUUUUACGAUAAUGUCAAGGCCCAACAUCAAUUGGUUACAAAACACCUGAAGAUCGACCAUGCCUUUGCAGUAUUGGGAUGGUCAAUGGGAGCGGGACAGACUUACCAAUGGGCAACUCAAUAUCCAGAGUUUAUGGAUAAAGUGGUACCGUUCUGUGGUUCUGCGAAGACGAGUUUGCACAAUCAGGUUUUCUUGGAGGGGGUGAAGACGGCGUUGGUUGCCGCGAAAGGUGGAUCUUCUGCUGGCAUCUGCAAGGGACAAACUGCAGGAUCAACAGAGUGGACGGAAGAGCAAAAGACGGUGGGAUUGAAGGCUUUAGGAAGGGUUUAUGCUGGUUGGGGAUUCAGUCAGGCGUUUUAUCGUCAACGACUCUAUGAAACUGCAUUGGGGUACAAGGAUUUGGAAAGCUUCAUGCUCGAAUUCUGGGAAACCUGGGCCCUCUCCAAACACCCCGAAAACAUGCUAACCAUGCUCCAAACCUGGCAAUCCGGCGACGUCUCCGCCCAACACCCUUACAAUGGAAACUUCGAAGCGGCAAUGGCAGCCAUAAAAGCAAAAGCACUCGUACUCCCCGGAAAAACCGACCUCUACUUCCCACCAGAGGAUUCGGAAUAUGAAGUCGAGUGUAUGGAAAAGGGCGUGGGGAGAUGUGUGGCUUUCCCUAGUGUUUGGGGGCAUUGGGCUGGUGGACCGGGGCAGAGUGUUGAGGAUGUUGAGUGGUUGGAUGGGAAGUUGAGGGAAUUCUUUGAUGAGUAG